AUGAUGUCGGAACGAAUCCGUAGUUUGCCUGCAUAUUGUUUACCUAAGGUAACGCUAUUCGACCCAUGUAUUGAACAUGUCUUCAAUUAUCUUCGCAAGCAGCAUGCGUCAUGGAUAAAUUCAGAACGUUUUAAGCAGCUUCGAUUUCAAUGCGUAGCAAAAAGAAAUGAGUUUGUACCAUCGACAUCAGCAUGUGGCGAUUUCGUUUUUAGUUCAAAUAAAGGAAUAUCUGCAGUCAAUAAUUUAGCUUAUGAAGUUGUAAGGAAAAAUUCCAGAUUAAAACUGCAAAAAGUGUCGCAAAAUUUUAGUGGACUGACAUCAACAAUAUCAAAUAAAGACCAUUCAGCGACUAGUUCAUCUAGCGACGAAUGUCAUGGAAGAGUGAGGAAGAAGUCUGUCGAUCGUAAUUUGCAAACAACAGCUAUGAUGGAUGGUUUCGAUUAUCGACAUGAUAGACCAGAAGAAAGGGAACGUUUUGCAGGAGUACUUAAGGACAAAUUACAGCAUAUGUUGUUGGAACUUACGACAACAUCAAAAGAUUCCACCGAAUCAUUUGUCACGCUUGGUUCUUCGCAUAAGUCGGUAGCAAAUUCAGUGUUUUUGUUGGACCAUGAGGAUGAAAUAGAUUCACUGAUAAGUGAUUCGGAUGAUUCGGUUGUCAAAUACGAAAAAAAAUUGAGUGCAACUAUAGACAAAAAUUCGAGAGAAGAGAAGCAUAGAUCUGGAUCAACUUCACCUAUCCGAUUUCAACCAAGCUUGGAAAACCGAAAUUCUAAUCCAUACGGACAUAAUAAAUUUGCUCCACCACCUGGUGGUAUAAAUUUGCAACGAUGUUCUACUCUCUCUACUUGUUCCAAGAUAGUCCGAAACGAAACUCCAAUCUCGAGGCAAAUAGAAUUUCCGAUUUCUUUUCAGAAUAAUUUUCGAGAUUUUGCUCUAAAGGCUAAAAAGGGUUUUUUAAUAUGCACUGAUAACCCUGGAAAUGAUGUUCAGCAUUUAUCAGAUAGUUCAGGUUUCUGUAGUUCUGAAUCAGCAAAUAUAGUGAAUAGAGCUGCUCUUUUUCAAAAAGCGAGGAAUAUGGCAUCUCAGGCAAUAUUUCUUUCCCAAGACUGUGAGAUGCGUAUGGAUCGACGGACAAGCUACCCGCCGUUAUCGCAGCUUUCCAACUCCACGCUAAUUUCGUUAGUUUUUUUCAUUACUCGUUAUCAUAACAUUUUUCGGGAAGUUGGACGAUGCUCAAAUCCAACAAAGCGCAGAAAUGAGCUCGAAUCUUUAUACUUAUCUAAACCACUAAUUAUUACUUAUCAAGAAGAAAAUUCGGAAGCACCCUUCGUAGCAAAGAUAAGCGGAAGAGGCAUAACUUAUCGGGAUUUUCGUCGAUACUUUGGAAUUCCUUCACGAACUAGCAAAAAAUUUUUUUUCAAAAGCGAAUGUGAGGAUGGCUCAGCGCUUUAUCAAUGGACCGUAAUAUCAGAUGAUAAUAUGGUUUUACCGGUAUUUGAGGGCCGAAUCACUGCUGAGUGUAGAUCAUUUUCAGAGUCGGAUUAA